UUUUCUCCGUUAAUCUGUUAAGGUAGUGGAUUACAGUAACUGGUGUUUGUGCGGUAAACCAGUCUGGUGUCCCUGAAGGAAGCCUGUUUGAUCCUGUUCUAUCCUCUUUUUCACACGGCCUGGCACCAAGGAUCUGUGGCCUCUUAGCACCCCCGCCCCGCCCCCUGAGCGCUGGGCGACGGGCUCUGGAUGUCUGCGGCUCCCAUCCCAGAGGGCCAGACCCUGCGCUCUGGAGCAUGGCGCUGCAGCGUGCUGUCCUUCUGGCGGGCCUUCUGGUGGAAGUUGCUAGCAAAUCCUCAGAAAGUAUGGGCCAGCAGCCUGAAUGUUGUGUGGACUUGGUGGAUGUCAACACCACCUGCCGGGGCACGAGCCCGUGUGGCCCAGGCUGCUACCGGCACUGGGACGAAGACGGCAGCGUCAGCUGCGUCCGAUGCGGAAACGGCACCCACCGCAGCUCCGAGUGCAGAGGCCGCCCCGCGGCGCCCCCCACCGGGCCCUCCGGGCCUGCUGCCCACCGAGGGGCCACACCGCCCAGUUCUGGAGGAACGGUCACUGGCUGGGGCACGCAGUUCCCAGUAAACAGGAGCACGGGGACACCCGGGCGGCCUAAUUUCGAGGGCCCUCGAGUGGCAGCCUCCCUCUUCCUGGGAACAUUCUUCAUCAGCUCCGGCCUCAUCCUCUCCGUGGCUGGGUUCUUCUAUCUGAAGCGAACCAGUAAACUCCCCAAGGUCUUCUACGGAAGAAACAAAGCUCCUGCCCUGCAGCCUGGCGAAGCUGCUGCCAUGAUUCCCCCGCCGCAGUCCUCAGUGAGGAAGCCGCGCUACGUCAGACGCGAGCGGCCCUCGGACAGGGACGCAGGCCCCACUGCCGUCUCCUCGGUGGAGGCCCGGGUCAGCAACGUCUGACCCGGGGACCCACCCACAACUCUGCACACCGCCUUGGACAGAGCCCAGCACACAGAGGGCAGGCGCUGCCCGGCAGGGCCUCGGGACAGGUCUGGACACGGCCUCUGGCUCAGCUUGACCGUCUCCCAGCGACAGAGGCUGAGUCAGAACCCACCCAGCUGCCGGAAGGUGCUUCCUCCCGCCUCACAGCUGCUCAGUGUAACGGAGGGGGCGGCGUGCCUGAGCCGGGCUCCAGAUCGCGGCCACGUGGGGUCUGAGCCCCUCGGGAGAGACGGUUCCCAGUGGCCAAGAGCCUGCAAGGACUGCCAGGCUGCUCCACGCUUGGCAAGGCUGGGGGCUUGGCCGCUCUGCCUUUCAGAGCCCACAGUGGGCAGACAUCCCCCACAGCACCGGGCCCGCCGGCCCCGUGGCCUCCCCGCCCAGACAGUGUCGGGACCAGGGGAGGGGGGGCACGAGAACUGGGCCCUCCAAGGCCAAGGCACCUACAGGGCUGUCCUGUAGCCAAGAGCCCCCUGAGCCCGAGACCACAGAUUUCCAGGAGCUGCAGAGAAGAGUUUCUUGGUUUCGUCCUGACUUCGGUCAGUUUUAGGCAGUAAAGCCGGAGAGGCCCUGC